GCAUGCCAUGGCAUUCGCUUCUAUUGAAUUGGAUCUACCUAAAGAGCUACGAAUGAUGUGGUUGUCGUUUAGAGAGAGCUUAAUCAAUUUAUUCUCUUUCACUAAACACUCCUCAUUUCCUCCGUGGUCUUCUCUAGCUUCCCUUACGUUACUGUUUCUCUCUCUUACUCUAUUUGCCAAAAUUCUGCACACUAUGCUUCGUAAACUGUCCACCACCUUUCGGAAAGAUCGAAAGAAGGAGAAAUCAGAGGUCAAUGGCACGAGUCGGGCCAAUGAAACAAUCCCAGAGACCGAGUCGGAUCAUGUAGACCAUGAUUCUGAACAGCAGAACGUGAAAUCUGCAUUUGACAAAUUUGCCCAGGUUCUUCACGCGUCUCAGCGACCGCUCCCAAGCCAAACAGGAGAUGGGUCAUAUGUUACCAAAGAAGAGCCAUCUGGUUGGAUGGCAGAUCUGAAGAAGAUGGGGUUCAAAGACCUCAAGACCCUGAGAGAAGUGAUUGCGAAUAAAGCUGGCGGCCAGUUUGUGGAUGACAAAACGUACAUCAUGGAGCGAGUGAUCCAGCUUGUGAGCGGUCUUCCAGAGAGGUCAAAGAACCGUGUAGAUCUGACAAAUGCCUUUAUCGACGAGUUAUGGAGUUCGCUCCAGCAUCCGCCGCUUUCGUACUUGGGGGAUCAAUUCACCUAUCGUCAAGCAGAUGGUUCCUACAAUAAUAUCAUGUCCCCGCAUCUUGGCAAAGCGAACACGCCAUACGCGCGCUCUGUACAGCCAAAGACGGUCCAGCCAGGUGCUCUCCCAGACCCGGGCUUGAUAUUUGACGGCAUCUUUGCUCGGAAUACUUUCACGAAACACCCCAAUAAUGUCUCUAGUAUUCUCUUCUACUGGGCAUCGCUCAUCAUUCAUGAUCUUUUCCAAACAGAUCACCGCGACUUCUCGAACUCCCAAACUUCGUCUUAUCUGGACUUGUCGCCCUUAUAUGGUGACAAUCAGAACGAUCAAAACCAAAUAAGGACUUUCAAGGACGGAAAGCUCAAAGCCGAUUGUUUUUCCGAGCAUCGAAUGCUUGGCUUUCCUCCAGGAUGUGGCGUUCUUCUCAUCAUGUUUAACAGAUUCCACAAUUACGUUGUUGAACAGCUCGCCAUGAUCAACGAGAAUGGCCGCUUCAACAAGCCACGAGAGGGCCUUAGCGAAGAAGCUGCUGGGAAAGCCUGGGCAAAGUAUGAUAAUGAUUUGUUCCAGACUGGACGUCUCAUUACGUGUGGAUUAUAUAUGAACAUCACGCUCCUGGACUACCUUCGAACUAUUGUCAACUUGAAUCGAAGCAACACUACCUGGACACUUGACCCUCGCGUCGAUAUGGAGAAACAAUUCGGAAAGGAUGGAACACCUCGUGGCAUUGGCAACCAAGUCGCAGCCGAAUUCAAUCUUGUCUACCGUUGGCAUUCGGCCACCAGUCUACGCGACGAAGAAUGGACCGAGAACAUGUACAGGGAGAUGUUUGGGAAAUCGGCUGAAGAAGUUGGAAUGCACGAGCUGCUGAUGGGUCUCGGAAAAUGGGCCGCUGAUCUCGACGAAGACCCCCAGAAACGCCCAUUUGCAAAGCUUGAGCGCGGAGCUGAUGGCAAGUUCAGCGAUGAUGACUUGGUCAAAAUUCUCGCGGACAGUAUCGAGGAUUGUGCAGGUUCGUUCGGUGCCAAUAAUGUACCGAAAGCUCUCCGUGCUGUUGAGAUAUUGGGCAUGCAACAAGCCCGCAAAUGGGGCCUUGCAACAUUGAACGAGUUCCGCAAAUUCUUCAACCUCAAACCUCACGAGACCUUUGAGAGCAUCAACUCGGACCCAGCAGUUGCAGAUAAUUUGAAACAUCUCUAUGGCCACCCCGACUUCGUCGAAAUGUAUCCUGGCAUUGUUGCCGAAGAAGCCAAGGUCCCUAUGGUCCCUGGUGUUGGUAUCGCGCCAACUUUUACCAUAUCUCGAGCUAUCUUGUCCGAUGCCGUUGUCCUAGUACGUGGCGAUAGGUUCUAUACCAUCGAUUAUCAUGCAAAGAACCUCACAAAUUGGGGAUUCAACGAGGUUCAAUAUGACCUCAAUGUUGAGCAAGGAUGUGUCUUCUACAAGCUCUUUUUGAGGGCAUUCCCGCAACACUUCAAGACAAAUUCCAUCUAUGCGCAUUACCCCAUGACAAUUCCGUCAGAGAAUCAAAAGAUCAUGAAGAGUCUCGGGCGCGAAAAGCAUUAUUCUUACGAUCGCCCGUCUCUCAUCAAGCCCAGAAUCAAUCUGACAACCUAUCUGGGCGCAAAGACUCUCCUUGAUCAGCAGGAUCUCUUCAAAGUCACAUGGGGCGCGACCACCGCGGAACUUUUCGGUAGACCGGGAUGGAACUUUAUGCUGUCUGGUGACGAAUCUCUACAUACGAAUCAGCGGCAGGUCAUGGCAAAGUCGCUGUACAGAGACAACUGGGAGAAGGCCGUCAAAGAGUUCUACGAAUACAUAACUCUUCGUCUUCUCCACGAGAAGUCAUUUAGCAUAGCGGGAAUCAACCACGUCGAUAUCACCCGAGACGUUGGAAAUCUUGCCCAUGUUCAUUUUGCUUCCAAUAUCUUCUCGCUCCCAUUGAAGACUGCAGAAUGGCCACAAGGAAUAUUCAGCGAGCAUGAGCUCUAUAUGGCCAUUGCCGUCAUCUUCAUAUGCAUCUUCUUCGAUUUCGAUGCCGUCAAGUCAUUCCCGCUCCAUAUCGCAGCACGAGCUAUUUCUACUUCUCUCGGAAAGCUCGUUGAAGCGAGUGUCAAGACAGUCAAAUCGACUGGUGUCCUCGCAGCGAAAUGGGAUCAGUUCAUGGACGCACGUGUCGGAGGAGAGAGGGAUUACCUCAAGGAUUACGGCGUCCACAUGAUCAAGAGGCUUCUCGAGAGCGGGUUGAAUGCCGAAGAGGUCGCUUGGAGUCAAAUGCUCCCUACUGCGUGUGCGAUGGUUCCAAAUCAAGCUCAAGUGUUUACCCAAGCACUCGAUUUCUACCUUGAGCCCAAGAAUAAGCCUCAUCGUGAGGAGCUGCACCGUCUAGCUCUGCUCAACACUCCCGAGGCUGACGAUACUAUUCAACAUUACCUGAUGGAGGGUAUUCGCCUAGCAGGUACAUUUGGAUCAUACCGGGAGUACUCUCCCUCAUCUAAGACCUCGACGACCAUUCAAGAUGGUGACAAGACAAUCAACGUCAACCCCGGAGACAAGAUUUUCUGCAGCUUCGUCGGGGCAAACCGUGAUCCCUCACUGUUUCCCGAUCCCGAGACCGUCCGGACAGACCGGCCCCUCGAGAGCUACAUCCAUUAUGGAAUCGGGCCUCAUAGCUGCUUGGGCGAGAAUGCUAGCCGUGUCGCAUUGACGACCAUGUUCAAGACGGUGUUCAAGUUAAAGAAUUUGAGGAGAGCCCCUGGCCCGAAGGGAGAGUUGAAGAAGGUGCCCAGGCCCGGUGGGUUUGUCGUGUACAUGAAGGAGGACUGGGGAAGCUAUUUCCCUUUCCCGCUAAGCAUGCAAGUCAAUUGGGACGGAGAGCUGCCACCUAUUCCAGUGCUGCCGAAGGGACAGAAAUCAAAUGGUAGAACGAAUGGCGCCACAAAUGGAAGGACUAAUGGUGCUACGAACGGUUCAUCGAAGUAGACAGGCUGAGGAGAUGUUUGUGUUGCUUUGCCGCGAUCAAGGAAAAUUGUCUUCUUCGAAUAUUGUCGUGUAAUGUGAGGGCGAUAUCUGAUGCUGGCAUGUCUUCGGUAUACUUGGGGUUUGGAGUUUUGAAUUGAUCAUUUUCCCGGUGAUGUCUCACUGUUUUCCACGGAAAUUAUGC